GGCGGGACCUACCAUCUCAACGUCAUUUUCACCAUGAGCUCUACUAUCCCAUCAAUCCAGAAGGCAGCCUUGAUCGAGAGCCCUGGAAAUGACGCCCGAAUUGUAAUUCGAUCGGAUAUCCCGGUUGGUAAUCCUGGUGAGAACGAGAUUCUUAUAAAGCUAGAUUUUACUGGUCUUUGCGGCUCAGAAAUCCGUGCAUUAUCAGGAUGGGGUCCCUAUAACCCCAUAGUCGGUCAUGAAGGUGUAGGAACAGUCGUAAAACUAGGUAAAGGUGUCGACGCAGGCCUGCUCAACAAGCGAGUCGGUGUGAAAUGGCUCUACAGCGCUUGCGGAACCUGCACCAUUUGCAAGAGAGGCUAUCCCAACAACUGCCCAAAACAGCUCAAUACCGGAAAGCAUGUUCCCGGCACUUUGCAGGAGUACAUGAUCGCUGAUACGAGAUAUGUUACUGAGAUUCCGGAUGAGCUUCCUGGUGAAGUUGCUGCGCCUUUGCUUUGUGCUGGGUUGACAAUGGCUGGUGCUGUGUCGAAGCUGAAGGGAUAUGCUGAGAAGGGUGAUUGGGUUGUCAUAUCUGGAUCUGGCGGUGGGCUUGGACAUUUGGGUGUUCAAAUUGCUAGCAGGUUGAAUGGUCUGCGGGUCCUUGCUGUUGAUACUGGAGAGCCUAGACGGAAGCUGAGCUUGGACAGUGGUGCUGAGCACUUCAUCGACUUUCUAACCGAAAAUGUCGAGGAGAGGGUCAAAGAGAUAACAGGAGAGGGAGCCUCAGCUGUCUUGGUGGUGACUGGCUCUCAAGAAGCCUUCAUCCAAGCACCGAAUCUAGUACGAAAUAUGGGCAUCAUCGUCACGAUUGGCCUGCCGAGGAAUGACUUUAACAUUCCCCUCUCUGCAACAAUAUGUUCUGCAAGAUCACUUACAGUUACUGGCGUUGCCGUUGGCACAGAGGAACAGAUGAAAGACCUCCUGCAGCGUGCCCUUGAUGGGACUAUAGUCCCGGAGGUUAAAGUCCUUGAGUUUGAAGAAGUGAGCGAUGUAGUUGGAGCUUUGAAACGACAGGAGAUUACCGGGAGAGUGGUCGUCAAAGUACCAUGAACAAGUGUCUGUCGCUGGACUUGAUGGCUAGCGUAUUUGAUUGGAUAUAUAUGACGCUGAGGGUUGAGAAUCCAGUCUGGGGAAAUGUUCCACCAGCAAAGCCUUUUAUAGCUGAGAUAUUGCUUUUAUACCUUUACUCUUCUCAGUUUUUCGCAGUUUGUAAGAAGGCUCCUCCCGAACAAGAUCCACAUGCAAUUCCUCCCUCACUUCUCUUAGAAAAAGGGUAGAAAUUCCCGAGUACCCC